AUGGCCAACGACCACUAUCUCAACCUGUCGUGCCCAGACAAGCCAGGCAUCAUCCACGCGGUGACGGGCAUCUUCGCGCGGCACAACCUCAACAUUCUCGACCUGCAACAAUUCUCGGACCGGUCGUCGGAGAAGUUCUUCAUGCGCGUGCAUUUCGGCCCCGCGCCGGAGACGGGAACCGACUUCCUGACACCGGACUUCCAAACCCUAGCCCAAGACCUCAACAUGGAUUACGAGCUACGCGCCGUGGCCUCCAAGCCCAAAGUCCUCAUCAUGGUCUCCAAGAUCGGGCACUGCUUGAACGACCUUCUCUUCCGGCAAAAGACAGGCCAACUGGCCAUCGACAUCCCGGUCAUCGUGUCCAACCACCCGGAAUUCGCGUCCCUGGCGCAAAGCUACGGGAUCGCGUUCCACCACCUCCCGGUGACCAAGGACACGAAGCAGGAGCAAGAGGCGCAGAUCCUGCAACUGAUCCAGCAACACGGCAUCGAGCUCGUCGUGCUGGCCCGCUACAUGCAGGUCCUGUCGCCGGGCCUGUGCUCCGCCAUGUCCGGCAAGAUCAUCAACAUCCACCACUCGUUCCUGCCGUCCUUCAAGGGCGCCAAGCCCUACCACCAGGCCUACGACCGCGGCGUCAAGAUCAUCGGCGCCACCGCCCAUUUCGUCACCGCCGAUCUCGACGAGGGCCCCAUCAUUGAGCAGCGCGUCGCCCGUGUCGAUCAUAACCUCACGCCCAAGGAGCUCGUCGAUGAGGGCAGUAACGUCGAGAGUCAGGUCUUGGCCGCCGCGGUGAAGUGGUGGAGUGAGAAAAGGGUCUUUAUCAAUGGGGCCAAGACGGUGGUUUUCAAUUAG